AAGAAGUAGGGAGGAGGAGGAACUUUAAUGUUUCUGUGAGCGUGUACCCUCUUUUUAGUGUGGUAGUUGGAAGACAGCGCAAGGUGUAUCUGUACUCUGAAAUGCAGUAAUUUGUAUGUGAAUGCAUCUUCCUUCUUGCAGGAGAGGAUUCUAACUCAGUGUCAAAGCCAAGAUACAGACUCAGCCGCUUCUCUUCUAAAAGACUUUGUGAGCAGUCAGAUGUAGGAGCUCAGGCUCAUUUUUCUAUAGAAGAGAAGAAAGAAGUAGAAUAAGCCAAGAAAACCACUGCCAACAUCAGAUUAGAAGUCCUACUUCCUGCCUCUCCCCACCCCCUUCACCUACACAAACUUACCUCCUUCCUUCCAUUCAACGGGAGAUGCCACACCUGCUCUACAAACAAGUCCUUCACCUGCACAAGGCAUCCAUCCCUUCCUGCUGUUUCCAAAGGCUCAGUCCUUCUGUGUAAUCUUCCCUUCUUCUCCUUACAACAUGGAAGCCGUCGCCAAGUUUGAUUUCACCGCCUCAGGCGAGGAUGAGCUGAGCUUUCACACUGGAGAUACUCUGAAGAUCUUAAGUAACCAAGAGGAGUGGUUCAAGGCAGAGCUUGGGAGCCAAGAAGGAUACGUGCCCAAGAAUUUUAUAGACAUCCAGUUUCCUGAAUGGUUUCACGAAGGCCUCUCGCGACACCAGGCAGAGAACUUACUCAUGGCCAAGGAGGUUGGUUUCUUCAUCAUCCGGGCCAGCCAGAGCUCCCCAGGGGACUUCUCCAUAUCCGUCAGGCACGAGGAUGAUGUUCAGCACUUCAAGGUCAUGAGAGACAGCAAGGGUAACUACUUCCUAUGGACAGAGAAGUUCCCAUCCCUCAACAAGCUGGUGGACUACUACAGGACAACUUCCAUCUCCAAACAGAAGCAGAUCUUCCUGAGGGAUAGGACACGAGAGGACCAGGGUCGCCGGGGCAACAGCCUGGACCGAUGGCCUCAGGGAGGCCCACAUAUCAGUGGGGCUGUGGGAGAAGAAACCCGGCCUGCGAUGAACCGGAAGCUGUCAGAUCACCCACCGCCCCCUCCAUCGCAGUAUCCCCCGGCCCCACCGCCGGCGCAGCAGCGGCACCUGCAGCAUCACCACUUUCAUCAGGAGCGCCGUGGAGGCAGCCUUGACAUAAACGACGGCCACUGUGGCAUGGGCAUGGGCAUGGGCAGCGAAAUGAAUACCACCCUCAUGCACCGGAGACACACAGACCCAGUGCAACUCCAGGUGGCCGGGCGAGUGCGGUGGGCCCAGGCGCUGUACGACUUCGAGGCCCUGGAGGAUGACGAGCUGGGAUUCCGCUCCGGAGAGGUGGUCGAGGUCCUGGACAGCUCCAACCCGUCCUGGUGGACGGGCCGCCUGCACAACAAGCUGGGCCUCUUCCCUGCCAACUAUGUGGCGCCCAUGAUCCGGUGAAGCCCGUCUCCGGGGUCGGAGGCUGUGUCUGAGCUGCCUGCAGAGGAAGCAAGGAGGAAAGGCUGGAACUGCAUACACGCGUGCGCGCGUGCACACACACACAUAUGCCUAUGGGCACACACAUUUGUAAUAGUAAUUUAUUGGCAAUUUAGUUGGUUAAUGAGUUGAUAUGAAAGGAACUCAGGUGGAAGCUUAUAUUCAUACUUGUUUUUCUGCCCCCUGCAAGGCAUGUGCUGGAGGUCGGGGCGCUUGGGGGAGGAGGGGGCAGGGAAACGGAAAUCCUUCCUCUCCUAAAGAUGGCACCACUUCGCCCUGGUCUUGGGAAUUUCAAGGAGCUGAGCAGAUAUCCACACCCGGAGCUGGACGCAGAACUGCAGGUGGGGCAGGACUCAGCGGGGCAUGUUCUGGCUCACCUGCACGCCCGACUCACCCCGAGGGUUUGCAGGGCGGCCUCCCUCCUGCUCUCCCAGGGAGAGCGUGCUGGGUUGAGAAUUAGGGUGCAGCUGCUCAAGUCUGAGGUAGAGCAGCUGGGUGUGAGGCCUGGGCAAGGCCGGCACCUUCCUCUCCUUCAGGGGCUGCUCCCCGUCCUGUGGCUGGCGUGGAGACACGGGGACACCGUGAGGGCCACGCACAGGGAAGUGAAGGGACUUGCACAGGUCUCCCAGGGGCGAACCUGGGGGUGAGCUCUGUGUCCCUGGCUUCUAAGAAAGCAGCACCCUAGCUUCUGUAAAGUGCUCGGAGGAGCCCUGGCCGAGCAUGCCGGGCGGGAGAGUCAUUGUUCUGUGGCUACAGGGUGUCUCUUUGGGACUCUGUUUUCUCUCUUGUUUUCUGCCUUUUGAAGAUGCCUUGCCCAGCGGCACAGACAGAAGCCCACGCCACAAGAGCACUGACUAGUGAUUGGCUAAUUGGUUGGUUGAACAUGACCCUGGGUGGGGCCUGGCUUUCAGAUGAGCUUUCUGUUCCCCUGACCAUUGGACCUGGGCUGGCACCUUCCCUCCACCAAGAGCCGCACCUGGGGAAAGGAACCCCCCACCGUGUCUCCUCAGCACCUCAAAGUCGACUGUGUCUCCCAGGACCCACCCCUGGGCAUGAAACAGACCAGCCAGGCUGAGGAACAGGGGCCCUGGGGAAGGGCGCUCAGUGUCCUCGGGUAGCUGGGAGCACAGCUCUGCAUCAGGGCACCUAGAAGGUUGUGCGUGUGAAGAAAGGGUUGGGUUGAGUGUGUUAGUGAGGGGCAUGUGGGGUGAGUGGGGGUCUGUUUCUUCUUCCUUCGUCCUCGCUGCUCUAAGGAGGGACAGGGACAACCAUCAUUGAAGGUGAUAUAAGCAGAAGAAAGAGUUUGCGACUCAGAAGUAACUGUCAGUGUAAUGUGGGCUAUGUCCCUUUAGCCCUGAAUUCUACGAGUCUCUGAUUCCCCACGACACCUUUAGAGAAAAACAGGACAAGAAGGGACUCCGUGGUGGGUCGCGGGAGGGGAGAGAAAGUCGCCUGAGAGAAGCGGGGGGAGGUGAGUGUGAGUGAGGGGUGUCUUGUAGCCUCUGAAAAUGAAAGCACAGGAAGGAAAAAGUAGCGAAGACGUUUCACAAGAUGAAGGAGCCGUGUGAGAGGCGCAGAGGGAGGGGAGGGAGCAAGAGGUUAAGUGGGACAGGCCAGGAAGACGCUGGAGUCAGCAGGCUCGGCUCGGGAGGAGGGCGGAGGCAGGUGGGAGGAGGAAUUGGAGCAGAGAGAUGAACGCCAGCAGGUAGGGGCAAAGCACCACAGGAAUGAAGACAGAGCAGAGGCAAAGGGGACUCGAUCAGCUUUUUGGUGCGAGGCAAUGUGAACACGUUAUGGAAAAUAAAAGCCAGAAUUAAUGUCUGUACAGUAUUUACAACCCAUAUGCUUUAAACAGCCCACAAACGGGGUCUGUCUGUCUGAUUAUGUGAGGGUCAGCCCCAGUGAGGACGGAGUGAGAGGAUUUGGUUCUGGCCUGGAUUUCGUGCCUUGAAACACUUUUCAAGAAAGCGAUAAUAAGACAAGGGCCCUUGUUUUGCGGGGCUGUGCCUAGUGAGAGAGAGAGAGAGAGAGAGAGAGAGAGA